CCAGUCUGUUUCGGGUAUUUGGACUGGUUGGAUGUAUACGGAUCGUGUUCUUAAAUGUUAGCCGGUGACUGACUGUUUUGAUGUGCUCUAAUGUCAUUCACUUGAACAAGUCGUGAAAUCGAACUCUAUUUGUUCGCGAGUGCUCGCUGUUCUGUAAUCGUGGAAUACAUCAUUCGAACUUCUGUCGCUUUCGAAACCGAUAAUUCGAUUGCUCUUUCGAGAUUCGCGAGAAGUGUGUCAAAGUCGAUGUAACGUGUUUCUGUGCGUCCAUAGUCAACCGUAGCUGUAAGUGUCUCCGGGCUUCGGAUACGGUUCCCAUAUUCCAAUAAAAAAUGCCGGUGCGGUAGUGAUCGUGGCCUCGAAGCGAGUCCUUUUACGGCGGGGACGAGCAUCGAAAGCGGAGGAGAGCCUCCCUCUCUCUGUCUUUCUCUUUCUCUCCCCGAUCGUCCACGUUGGCCCAGAGACGCGAGUCAAACCAGCAUCAUCCACGCGAAGGAUAUAAGGGACGAAGAAGGCAGGAACGAGAAGAACCGGGUUGGUUCAAGAGAGAUAAAACGAAAGGCUGAAAACUAGACGGCCAGAUUACCGAGCUAGCAUGGAAUAAAGGCGGUGCAGCGACGCGGUGGAUCGUGCACAAGGAAGAAAGGGAGAGAGAGAAAUUCGGCUGCCGGACAAGGGAACACUGGUGGUCCUCCUGAGUGUCAGUUAAAUCCAGCAUGAAGUAGAAGAAGAGAAUUUUCAAGAGGAAGAACGCGGUCGUUGAGACGAAGGACGGAGGAUUAUUAAUCCGAGAUAUCGAAGGAAGAGAAAGUGGUGGAUAGAAUAGAGCGGCAGAGGUGCGAGAGGAGACCGAUCGGAUAUCGAGGAUUGAUUUUGAAGGAAAAAGACGGAGAAAUCUAAAUGAUAGAUAAAAGAAAAGGGAAGAAGGCGAAGAAGGAGGGUUAGAGGGGAGGAAACGGUGGUCGAGUUAGGAGGAAGCCGGUGAAGGAGAGGAAUGGGUGCCGGCAUGGGCAGGAGCGGCACGAGCGGCGGCUUCCUCGAGGCACUUCCCACGGGAACGCCGCUCCACGUGGCCAUGCUCGGUCUCGACAGUGCUGGGAAAACCACCGCGUUGUAUCGACUCAAGUUCGACCAAUACCUAAACACCGUGCCCACCAUUGGCUUCAAUUGCGAGAGAAUCCGUGGUGGCAUCGGAAAAGCGAAAGGUGUGAAUUUUCUCGUAUGGGACGUGGGAGGGCAAGAGAAAUUGCGACCAUUAUGGAAGUCUUAUACCCGGUGCACAGACGGUAUUAUCUUCGUGGUUGACUCUUGCGACGCGGAACGGCUCGAGGAGGCAAAAAUGGAGCUGACCAGAACAGCCAGGAGCCCGGAUAACGCUGGUGUUCCCAUUCUGAUCCUGGCCAACAAGCAGGAUCUGCCAGGUGCCAAAGAGGUGGGCGAGUUGGAAAAGCACUUGGGCGUCCUGGAACUAGCCGGAAUGCCAGGCAGUGCGUGCAUCAGAGUGCAGCCAGCCUGCGCGAUCACCGGCGAAGGCCUCCACGAGGGGUUGGACACGUUAUAUCAGCUGAUAUUGAAGCGACGUAAGCUCGCGAAACUGAACAGGAAGCGGGCCAGGUAGGCCAGGGCCUCGGAGGACUGCACGUGCGUCUUCUGAUUUUGUAAGUCGCGGACAGUCUCUCCUUUGGAUACAGCCACGCCUUCCACGGUGUCUUCUUCCUCGUCCUCUUCGUCAUGCUGCAAUGACGACGUCCACGAGGUGCUCGAGUGAAUGCACGUGUACACAAACCUGCCGUUCACGCGGACAAUUGUUCUCGUCGUAGAACACCCUCGAUUUUUUGUUCCCGACGAUUGUUUCUCGGACCAGUGUUGCUCUCGAGAAGCUGGCCAACCGGAUGUGUGUUCUUAAUGGUGCAAGCUGAACGGUGGAUUCGUGCAACAGAGAUCGAAACAGAUCUCGUGGUAUCGUACACGGGGUCGUGGUUCUACGUUCUUCGAUGGAGAUGCUUAAUUUUUCUGAUACAAGAAAAGUGGACGGCCUCUUACGAAGGAGGAGGUCAGAGCUAUACUUGGACGUAUUCCUUUGUCGAUUGAUUCGUUUUGAUUUAGUUUAACAAUGCGUAUUUAACGAACGAGGCAUAUACGAGACGAUGAAAACUGCCACUAAAGCUGCGUGGCUGACGCAACAUACUCUAGAGAAGAAUACGAAGAGAGGACAGCGGUCCUAGAAGAAGCUAAACGAUUAUGACAGACGAUGACGUCGGUCUGAAUAUUUUUCCGAUCGGAUGCUCUGACUGGGGUUGUUUUACUCACCGAUCACCGGCUAUUUUUGCCGAUCCUAAACGGUGCACAGACGUGUUCUCGCUUUUUCAAGAGAAGAUCCGGAGGACGUAGGAAAUUUUCGAGGCAAUGGUGAAUCACUCGCCGAUAUUUUAGGUGAAUCGUGAAUGUCCGUGAUGACAACGAAACAAGUGCUUCUCCGCCGUAACACAGAAGCUCUAUUUUGCCAAAUUUUGCAUCGUUCCUUGGGAAACUUUUCAACGAUCCCUGCCGAUUGCCUCCGCUUGUUAUCGAUAACGAGCUCGGCAGCCGCUUAAAGCCGUACAUUUCGCUGAUAAAAAUGGAAUUGAGAAGGCAGAAAUAUUUCGCUCGGAAGAAGAGGUCAGGACUUUCGCUAUAACGAGGCUUCAUCGACGACUUCGUUGCUGAUAAAGAUGACGUCGAAUCGUAUUAAUAAUGCUGACGUGGGCCCGGUUCAAGAAGGCCAAGAUAAAACCUGUAUAUUAAUAACUAUGACUGUAAGCUCGCGAAAUGAUCUGGAUUAAUUAAAAGAAAUCGAUCGCGAUGGAGGAAGGGAACAUCUGGCUACGAUUUUCGAUCAGAAUGGAUAUAGCACCGGAGAUUUGUUACUUGGUCAAUGGAUACGCUAGAUGAGUUGCCAUUGCAACGAGUAGAAGAAAAUUUUGCUAGACGAUCUUUCGCUACGUGGAAGAUCCUCGAGCUCUUGAGUUAUCCUUUGUCGUGAAUUCGUCGUGUUAGUCGAGUCGUAGUACGCGUUUGUAGAGCUCCAGGUGAAUCGUCGACCUUAGGUAUUCAGACGAUGAUCGUGCCUCUCCAAUUUUUUGCACCUUUAUACCAUGUGACGAGAGAAAAAGAGAUAAAACGAUCAGACGUAAUAGAAUAUCGUUGCUUCUUCCCGACGAGUGGAAUUUUUGUAAAACGAUGUGAUAACAACCAUCCUCAACCCUUUAUCUUUCAUCUUUAUUGUUCAAUUAGCCUGUAUCGUACGUAUGUACACGUGAAUCAAAUAUUGUAUUCGUUGUAUCGUGCUCUGUAGGGGAGUAGGAAAGCAAACCGAUCGUUUUGAGCUUAAUUGAAAUCGAUACAUAUCGCGCCCCCUCCUCCUAACUCUAAUAAAUGAUUCAGCGUGUUAUUCCUUUUAUUCAAAUCGGAAUUGAGAGAUUUUCUGGAAAAAAGAGAGUCCAUUAGCAUUAACAUGGCGAGUCGAAUAAAUCGCGUUGGAAGCUUUCCAUUUCCUCCUUAUUUAAUAUUAACUGUGUUUCAACUUUCUUCCUUUUCUCAUGUUUUUAUAAAACGAACAAAAAUUUCAAAAGCAGACCUACAUUUUUCAGAAAGCUGCUCGAUUAUUCCUGAAUAUGAUCCGUUGGAUCAUGACCGAUUGCACGUUACGUAUUCCGCGAGUUUAUACGUUGAACGUUUACAGCGAGAACUAUGAAAGUUUGAGAGUUAGCUUUUACGAAAGGUUCAUUAGGAAAUUGAUCGAUUUCCGUAUGAACAUUUUGAGCGAUGGUUACAGCUCAAAACGGUGGGUGCUCGUGUUUCUUGCCACUGUACUUUAUUCUUAACGGUCCCUUUGACAUGUGGACUUCCGGUAUAUGCAGUUCUUAUCGACCACCGCCAAUGCGAGACGAUAUUUUCUAUGGCGUUGAUGAUAUUCCGUGGGAAACAUAUCAUCAUGAAAUUUUCCUUUUGUUCAACAAUUCGGACAUUAUGAACAUUCGCGAAUAUUAUAGAUCGAUUGUUACAGUUUCUUUCAUGUCUAUGAUACGGUUGCAACACGUUUAAUAUCAAACGUUGGAUAUCUUUCAACGGUGAUUCCUAUUUAUGGAAAAUAUCGUACGAAAUUAUAUUGUAUCGGUUCGUCGAGGAAGAAUUGCCUGCUCCAAUUAGAAGUAUAUAUACGUUUGCCGCUAACAAGUUACAUAUUCGGUUUUCGCGUCUCGGAGAGCGCAAAGUUCUGAUUUCGUUUGGUGUUCUCGUGGCCGUCCCUUCUACGUUUCCUUGCGAUUUUUCCAAACUCCGCAUGAAACUUCCAUUUUUCAUCUAUCUUACCUGGGAAACAGUUCUUCCGUAAAGUUUCAUCUUCUCGCCAAAGAAGUCUAUAUACCGUUUUAACUCGUGGGGAGACUCGUUACGCGAAACUGCAACAGCGAUACUUUGCAUUUACCUUCGACAAGAAGCGCUUGCUUCUUCUGGAAUCGCGGCACUAUCAAACAAUUACGAUCAUAUUUAACGAGCUCCAGCAAGUUUACCAGGAGACAAUAUUUUCGUGGAGAACAUGCAAAACAGUUCCGAAUCGAAGCAAGAAGUUGAAGCAGGCACUUGUGGUGUAUUUACUGGCGAACUAGCGCAGGAAGGAGGAUCGAAAAAGAAGAAAGAA